GCCGCUAGUAACUUGUAAGGUUGCCAGCUAUUCUAUUGUCUUUGCUGCCCUGAAGUCAGGCAGAAUCUAGCCACCCUCUGUCCAGAGAAACUGGGGCCCACAACCCUGUGUCCCUCCCUGGUUCCAACCACUGUGGCUCAGCAGGGUUGCUUACGGAAUUGGACUUCCCACUGUCCCCAGACUCCUGCUUGAGUUAGUCCCCACCCCAAGAGCCGUGUGAACUCAACACCUUUUUCCCUGGAGAUGAAGUCGAUGGGACCUCCUGACACGGAAAAUGGAACCCAGCUGAGAGAAAAGUGCUGCCCCACUGGCAAGAGUAGUGACAGCAGGGGUGAAGCGUCUGAAGCUAACGUCUGCCCCUCUCAGCAGAAAUCAGCUGAAGGGAUGUCUGCAGACAUGGACAAGCCCCUGAUUUCCCAUCAGUUUUUUGAGAGCAACCCCAACAUCUCAGAGAUGCCCAGCCAGGCCCAGACCGUGGGCAUCCUGGGUAGUGGAGACUUUGCCCGUUCUUUGGCUACACGCAUGGUGAGCUCAGGCUUUGGGGUUCUGGUUGGGAGCCGCAACCCAAAAAGAACAGCAGGGUUGUUUCCUGCUGCGGCCCAAGUAACCUUCCAAGCAGAGGCUGUGAGCACACCUGAAAUAAUCUUUGUGGCCAUGUACCGGGAGCACUACUCUACGCUCUGUGGCUUGAGUGAUCUGCUGGUGGGCAAGAUCCUUGUGGAUGUGAGCAACAGCACGGAACAGGAGCACCUCCAGCAGCAGGAGUCCAACGCCGAGCACCUUGCUUCCCUCUUUCCUGCCUGCACGGUUGUCAAGGCCUUCAAUGUCAUCUCUGCCUGGACCCUGCAGGCUGGCCCAAGAGAUGGGAACAAACAGGUGCUCAUCUCUGGAGAUCAGCAGGAAGCCAAACGUAAGGUCUCGGAGAUAGCCCAAGCUAUGGGCUUCAGCCCAGUAGACAUGGGGUCGCUGGUGUCUGCCAGGGAGAUUGAGGCCAUCCCUUUGCGGCUCCUCCCUGAGUGGAAGGUUCCAACCAUCUUGGCCCUGGGCCUCUUCAUCUGCUUCUACACCUAUAACUUCAUCCGGGAUGUGUUACAUCCAUAUAUCCAAGAGCACAAGAACCGCUUCUAUAAACUCCCUGUCUCUGUGGUCAAUACCACAUUGCCCUGUGUGGCUUAUGUCAUGUUGUCAUUGGUGUACCUACCCGGUGUCCUGGCCACCAUCCUGCAGCUCCACCGGGGCACCAAAUACCGCCGAUUUCCUGACUGGCUUGACCACUGGCUCCAGCACCGCAAACAGAUUGGCCUCAUCAGUUUCUUCUGUGCCUCUCUGCAUGCUGUCUACAGCUUCUGCCUGCCCCUGCGCCGUUCUCAACGCUACCAGAUCAUCAAUGAUGCUGUCAAGCAGGUCUUGGCAAACAAGAGUUAUAUAUGGAAUGAGGAGGAAGUCUGGAGACUGGAGAUCUACAUCUCACUGGGAAUCCUGGCCCUAGGCAUUCUGUCACUGCUGGCCAUCACCUCACUGCCUUCCAUCUCAAACUCUCUCAACUGGAGGGAGUUCAGUUUUGUUCAGUCCACUCUCGGCUUCCUGGCCCUGGUUAUCACUACCUUUCACACGCUCACCUAUGGCUGGACAAGGGCCUUUGAAGAGAGCCGCUAUAAGUUCUAUUUACCUCCCACCUUCACACUUACGCUGCUGGUGCCGUGCGCGGUUAUUUUAGCCAAAGGACUGUUUCUCUUACCCUGUCUUAGAUGUCGACUGGCACGGAUCAGAAGAGGUUGGGAGAAGAAAACCACAGUCAAGUUUGUGUUGCCUGACUCCCCCAACACUGAAAAAACAAGCCACGUGUAAAUUGUGUGUUCUCUGUGGGACAUACCUGUGAUACUUAAUGCACUAUGAAUACUUUAGGGCUUUUUUUUCCUUAAUUGUGCAAUUUGAUAUAAUUGUGGAUAAAUAUGAAUAUUUGUUGAUAAGUUUUGAAUUCCUGGGAAGCUACUUUAUGCAGUAAUAUUCAAGAUAUGCACAUGUAUGUAUAUAUGGAAUUUAUUAGAAUUAUCAUGUUUAGCAGAAAAAAAAGUAAAGUCACUGAGUUGUUGAUAUCUAGCUUUAAAAAUUCCAGAUGCUAGCAGAACAGAUCACGAUACUCUUAUGACCACAUCUGCAGAAAAGUACAAAUGUAGGCAUAUUUUUCCCCCCACAGACAGGGAGGUAAAAUGUAUAUACACAUUUAUUGCUCUGAUAAAUGUGGUUUAUUCUAUUCCCUGCUCCCAAAGGCUUUACCAGAAUUGAGUCGUUAAAAUAACAUAUACCUAAAGCACAGUUAAAAUGGUAUUGUUAGCAGCAGUUCUCCCUGGUAUGGCUUCAAAUAUGUAGGGUCAAAAUUAUAAACCAGUUAAUGAAUGUCUCACAAUGCAACUUUCCAGGCUCAUGCAGCAUUAGCCAUCAGGAAAAAGUGCUAUUGACUCUUCACAGUCCACUCCCCAGAAGAUGGUCCCCAGCUAAUAAAGGGAUGCUGACAGGAGAUGACUGUGGGUGAACAGGAGAGAACAGAAACAUCAUCCUUUGCUCCAGGGGGGUUUGGGACCAGAGCCUAAUCCUUCCCCUGGCUGGGGAACAUUUCUUCCUGAAAGUCAGAAAUCACCACUGGCAGCUGCAAAUUGAUUAUCAUGCAGAAGUGUGAAGUCUCUUCCUUACCAGAGCAGCUAAUGAACACAAUCCUGAGUAGAAGCAUCAUUUCCUUUCCUUCCUUUCAGUUUCUGAUGACCAUCCUUUAAACCAUUGUGCCUUCUCACCUUUGAAAACAUUAUUUUGAUUCUUUCCCAAGAAGAUGGAAAAACACUCAUCUGAAAACUCAGGUCAAGGAGGGGAGAGAAGGUCGUGGAUAUGGAGUUAAGCCUUUUUCGAGACCCUUCUGCAUUAUAUUGCUGUGAGAUACAUACACACGCACGCACACAUACAUGCACGCACGCACGCACGUUAUGUAUAGUCCCACAAAGUGAUCUAUGUCACAGCUGUGCAGAGUGGCUGCUGUAUAAGAGAGUAACUGAUCUAGGACAAGCCACUGGUAAACCACAACGUUGCUGAUUUUCUCCUAAUGGGAGAACUAUUUUUUUUUAAUUGCUAGAAGGGUGUUUUUUCUGCCAGGGCUCCAAAUGUGAAGUGUUGCUGCCUAAAAGUACAAGAGCUGUGUGCAGGGUUUGGAACAUUGCCCAGGGCUGUAGGAUAUUUACCAUCAAAUCAUAUGCCAUCCCUUAUGGGUUAGUAUUAAAAAGCCUCUUCACAUUCCCAAUAGAGGAAAAGGGAGGGGAGGGAGGUGGGAGGAGGGGGUGAUAAGAAGAGAAGUGUUCUUUUACAAGCCAAGCUCUCUCUCCUUUGACAGUUAACAGAUUUCCCAUCAGGAAAACAUGAUCUUUGAACAGAAAGGGAAAAAAAUCUGUAGUAUUGGAAGCAAAGGAAUCAGUAUUCCAUCAUGCUGAAGGGGAGUUAUUUGGUCCCAAAUUUAUGGUUUCUCCAUAGGAAAGGCCACAAGCACAGGAAUGGCCAAAGUAGAGAAGAAUCUGUCCAGUUGAUUAGAACACUGCCAUCUUGAGAAUCAGCACCAUUUCCCAGCUAGCCUGUGAAACAAGUAAGGCAGUGCCUUCUCUUACAGGGGUGUUCUAUGAUUUCAUGCCUGUGUACUGCAUUAGAAUCCUCAGGAUAAUGGAAGUGCAAGGUGAUCUGAUCAGGACAAUGACCAUGAUGAAAGAGGAAGCCUCGGCAAAGUCGCUCUCCACUUCUUGGCAAAUAAUUGGACAUCUGCUAGUCCUGGGCCAAGCAUUAGAAAUCUGCCUCAAGAUGACUUUCUCUCUGGUGGAUGUGUCAGUGAAGGAAGAGGAUGACUGACAAGUUUUAUCAUUUGCUUGGUGUAGUCAGGAACCAUCAAUUCCACACAAAUAGAGUACAGGGAGAACAUGGAAACGUGAAAUCUACCAAUAAUCCAAAAACCUCAUUAGACAGUGUUUUUACGUUCUUCACCUUAAAAAAGAAAUUGCUGACAAGUAGAAAAACGAUUUAUACUUCUCCCUACCCCUACCACCUCUGCAAUAGGUGCUAAUGAGCAGUGAAAUGCCUAAAAGGUAAGCAGUGGGAGGAAAACAAGAAGCAAAGAACCUGGAAAAUCCACAAUUUAGAUAAUCAGCUUUUGAACAAUAGACUUGACUGUAUGUUUAUUCUUGGCCUCUGUCUACUGCUACUUUUCCCUACCUCACCAGGAAACUGAUUGAUUAUAUCAUUGCCAAGACAGCAAGUCACCUCAGUUACAGCCUCAUCUUUUCUAUGUGCCUAUAGGUAAAAAUGUGCCUGAACAAGCUCUUGAAAUCCUAAAUGUCACAAUAUAAGGUUUACUUUUCAAAUCUAUGCUAUUUAAAGUCUAUGUACUUUGUUUUUACUUUGUAGAAAACAUUUAAGAAGCAGUGACAAUAAACAAAGAUACUGAUGAG